AUGGCUGAGUUAACAAGAAAGAAGCAGGAUAUUUAUCUUCUAGGCCAGCGUCUAAAAACUGCCAUUUUGGGUAACAAGUUACCAGCGAAAGGUGAAGUGAUGCGUCGCUUUCUGUACAUUCAUUUGUCAGAGAAAAUGACAGUUCGCGAUAAUCUGUUUGAUAUAGCACAUGCUAAUGCUAUUGAACUGAUUCAGAUACAAGAAGACAGAGAAUUUUUGCUGGCACAAAGGGAACCGGGACGGCGUGGUUAUAUGAGUGGUGUAGAUAAGAAUCUGGCGCUGAAAGAGGCAUGCUCGUAUGAAAGGAAAAGAAGACAGGAGAGCUACAAAUUAAAGUCAGUCCAGGCGCAGGAAGAGAUCACUGCCGGUGCAUGUUCAGCUGAAAUAGAGCACAGUUCCAGUGAUUCAUCGUCAGAAUGUGAAUCAGAAAAAGACAGCAUUGCCAAACGUGUGCAGGUAAAACGAAGUAGGAAAAGCUUCUCGAUGUCCCGUUCACAUUGUGCAGUUAGCAGGGAAACUGCUGCAGCAUUUGAUCGAACGAAGACUUCUGAUAGAAAGACAACGUACAUCAUCAGUGGAGUUGCUAAACACCUUGGCUUAAAUGCUGGAAACCUUGCCAUCAAUAGAUCUUCAAUUCGACGAGCAAGGCAUAAGCAUUGUCAAGAACUUGCGUUGGAAAUUCGAAGGAAUUUUUCUCCAGACGUUCCUUUGGCUGUCCAUUGGGAUUGGAAGCUUUUACUUGAUUUGACCGGUAAUCAGAAAGUUGAUCGUCUUCCCAUUGUUGUUGAAGGAGCGGAAGUUGAAAAGCUCUUACCAGUUCCAAAACUAGAAUCUGGUACAGGGGAGAGACAGGCUACAGCAGUGCACGAAUGCCUCUUAGAAUGGAACCUAGAGGAGUCUGUUAAGGCAUUAGUCCAAGGUGCGGUUACAGGGAACUACUGGAGCUUUCACUUAUUUUGCUGGGAGAGACACCGCCCGCCAAGGGGAGUCAGAGUUCUGCAACCUGGAGCUCUGUAUAGGGCACGCUGGAUGGCGAAACUAAUAUACGCCUUCAAAUUGUACAUGUAUCGUCAUCAGUUUCGGCUGACAAGAGUUGAAGAAAAGGAAUUCUGUCGCUUCAUCGUUUUUGGCAUCUGUGUGUAUCUUAGAUCGUGGUUCACGACUCCAGACCUUCUUAGUGCCGCUAGACAUGAUCUCCAACUGGUAAAGAGAAUCCAACAAUUCAGAGAUGUAGACCGUGAACGAGAACUCGCUGGAGCUGGGUUUUUCGAUGAUCAGAUUUUUCAUGAGGAAAAAGUGUUGAUGGCUGAUGCUCUGUCAGUGGAAUCAAAAACAACCAACGACUUCACCAAAAGAGUGCAGAUGAAUAUUAAUGACAUAUCUGAUGAAAUGUCUGUCAAAGACUUUGUGUCUUCGAACACUAUGCAAUUCUUUGCAAUCCUCGGACUGCCUCACUCAUUUCUAAACAAGAGACCCUCCGAGUGGAGAGAAGAUGAACAGUACAAGAAAGCUUUUGAAGUUGUAAGCGGUAUAAAGCCAGUCAAUAAUUUUGACGAGAGAGGAGUUGCUUUGAUGCAGGAUUUUAACAGAGCAAUAGUAUCGUCUGAAGAACAAAAGCAGUAUCUUCUGUAA